GAUGGUAGAAAAUUUUGAACGUUUGUGUAUUGUUAAUGCUUACUGAAGCAUGAAGCACUUCUAAAUAUGAUACCUAAUUCGAUAGAAAUGUGGUGCGUCAUGUACAUUCCAUCAUAAUUGUUUACUUUUGAUCAAAAUUGGAAGCAGCCCCUUGAAUUUAUUUCCUUACCUCCCCGUCAGGAAAUAAAGUGUUUUAGUGUUUUAUUCGUUUGACAUUUAUGGAUGCAAAUUUGUUUGCAGGUUGGCCAAACAAGGUGUUGUAUUAGAUUUUUCUAGUGUACCUUCUUUGGUUACUCUAUCAACUAAGACGGUUAUAUAUAGAUAUUAUUGCGGAUAUAAGUGAUCUUGUCAUAAAAAGUAUAAGUUGAAGGUUUCUUUUUUUGAAACCACUCGAUGGGGAUAGGGGAAGAGAGCAAGCCUCCUAAUCCUUCCAAACCAACUUCUUCAGCUCAGGAAAUACCAACAACGCAUUAUUUUGAUUGGUCGAGCUCCAUGCAGCCCCCAUUUUUUCCCUCAACAGUUGCUUCUACAACUCCCCACCCCUAUCUAUCAAGAAGCCAGACUCCAAACCCACCUGUCAAUGUAGAGUUGGAAGGGAAGGGCCCCUAUGGAAAUGAUCAAGUUUGUACUAAAAAAUCCAUGGGAACUUCUGAAAGCACAGGCAAUGACGGUGCUUCACAUUGUUUCUCUUCCCCUCUUGUUAAUAGUGGUAAUGAGGGUACAUUAGAUGCAAUUGAAAAGAAUAAUGAGAAACAGGAUUCUUAUGGAAGUAAGAAAAUAAGGUUUCACCAUAUGGUUGCAAAUGGAGCCAAUGCACAAAGUCACACUGUUGGGGCUAUUGGUGAAACCUCAGUACCUCCUGCCUCAUUACCACUUGUGAUGGGAUCUGAAUCUGUAAUGACUGAGCAAUUGAUGCAGAUUCCAAAUGAUGACGAGCCAUUCCUCGAAGUUGUCCCUCAAAUUGAUGAAAAUGAAGUUGUCUGUGAUUUAGAGUUGGUAGACAAGGAUGACAAUGAUGUGCAAUGCAAUAAGAAAGAAGCAGAACCGGAGGUAGGAAUGAAGUUUAGUUCUGAAAUAGAACUAAAACUAUAUUAUAGGCGGUAUGCUCAGCAAUCGGGGUUUGGGGUGACAUCUAAAGGAGGUAAAAAUAAUCCAGACGGGAGUCAUAAGUACGUCACCCUUACAUGUGCUCAUUAUGGCAAGAAGCAAACUAAUGCAAUUAAUAUUGACAAGCCAAAUCCGACAACGAAAAUUGGGUGCAAGGCCAAGAUCAAUGCAUUGUUCAGGGAUGGAGCGUGGUGUUUGACUACUGUUAAUGUGAACCAUAAUCAUGCUUUAAACCCUAAUAAAACAAGAUUUUUUCGAUGCUAUAGGAAGAUAGGUGAUAAUGUGGAAAGAAGGCUCGAAUUAAACGAUAUAGCUGAGAUAGGUGUGAGCAAGAACUUUAACUCUCUUGUUGUUGAAGGUGGAGGGCAUGAGAAUCUAUCAUUCAUGGAGAGAGAUUGUCAGAAUUUUAUUAACAAGGCAAGACAUCUUCUGCUUGGCAAAGGAGGUGCUGGAGUACUUUAUGACUACUUUACUAGAAUGCGAGAAAUGAAUGAUGGCUUCUACGCUGUGAUGGAUUUGGAUGACGACUCUAGGCUAAGGAAUGUGUUAUGGGCUGAUGCACGAAGCAGGGCUGCAUAUGAGUAUUUUGGGGAUGUGGUUACAUUUGACACGACGUAUUUGACCAAUAUAUACAAAAUGCCAUUUGCUCAUUUCGUGGGAGUGAAUCAUCAUGGUCAGUCAAUACUUUUGGGGGCGGGAUUACUAUCAGGUGAGGAUACAACCACAUUUGUUUGGUUGUUUGAAACAUGGUUGAAAUGCAUGAACGGCCAAGCUCCACUUGCAAUAAUAACAGAUCAGGAUAAGGCUAUGAAAAGUGCAAUUGCAAAAGUUUUUCCUAGAGCCCGACAUAGAUUUUGUUUAUGGCACAUUAUGAAAAAAUUCCCAGAGAAGUUAGGAUCACAUGCUCAAUACAAAUGUGGCUUGAAGAGUGCCAUACAAAGUGCAAUCUACGACUCUCAAACUUGUGUUGAAUUUGAUAACAGUUGGCAAUGUAUACUUGAAAGGUAUAAUCUUCAGGAUAAUGCAUGGUUGUGUUGGUUAUAUAGUGAGCGGGCUCAUUGGGUUCCAGCGUAUUUAAAAGAUACAUUUUGGGCCGGAAUGCAAACUACACAACGAAGUGAAAGUAUGAAUGUAUUUUUUGAUAAUUAUGUGCACUCUAGAAGCACGCUGAAGGAAUUUGUUGACCAAUUUGACAAUGCUUUGAGGAGAAAGGCUGAAAAUGAGAAAAUAGCUGAUUUCAAUUCUUUUAAUGCCAUCAUUCCCUGUAUAUCUCAUUUUUCUAUUGAGAAGAAAUUUCAAGAACUUUACACCAAUGCAAAGUUCAAAGAAGUUCGUAAGGAGUUUAGUUGCUUGAUGUAUUGCAAUUGCUCUCUUAUUAAAAGUGAAGGUGCAAUUUCUACCUAUGAAGUAUCUGAUGAGGUAACAAUUGAUGAUUACACAAAAGAACGAAAUUUUUGUGUUUACUUCAAUGGAGAUGAAAGUGAAGUUAAAUGCAUUUGUGGGUUGUUUGAAUGUAGUGGAAUCUUGUGUAGGCAUGCCCUUGCUGUACUGACAUUAAAGAAAGUUAAAUCUUUGCCCACAAAAUAUUUUCUUGACCGAUGGAGGAAGGAUUUGAAGCGCACAUAUACUCUUGUUGAAAGUAGUUAUAAUGCCUUCAGUUGCAACCCUGAUGCCCAAAGAUAUGAUUGCUUGUUGAAAAAAUGUAGUGAAUUAGCAACGCUUACAUCAACCAGUGAAGACCAUUACAUGGAUGUCAUGUGUUGUAUAGACAUGUUGCUAGCGAAAUACAAGUGCUCAAGGUAUGAACCUAGUCCACCCUCCCAUGAUAUUCCAUGUGCAUCUUCCAAAAGUAAUGAAGCCAUUGAUGGUGUAGUAGUGAAAAGUACCAAGGUUCUUAGUCCUAUAGCGGUUAAAUGUAAGGGCAAGGCACCAUUCAAAAGAAUGGUGUCUACGGUUGAAAAAGUCGUGACACAAACAAAAAAGAAACAUCAGAGUCACAACAAUGCCAACCAGAAGGGGAGAAAAAAUCAGGUUUGCCAAGGAAUCCAAGAAAGGGAAUUGAACACAAAUGAAGCUCCGUUGGCUUCAAUAACUGAUACUCAAUAUGAUCGCAUAAUUGGAACGCAGGAAACUGCUUUGAGUAAGGAUACGAGUUUCAACCUAUUUGAAUAGGCGAUUGGGCAUGUUGUUUUGUUUUUUUGAAAGCAUUGCUCUUUUUUGUUCAGCUAGUGCUUUUAGUACAUGUUACAAGAAUUUUUUGGAAGCAUUGCUCUUUUUUGGCUGAUGGUGGUGUAUGGUUUUUGCAAGUGUGGAAUGGUGCAUGGUUUUUGUAAGUGCUGAACAUGUGGAAUAGUGAAUGUUUUUUGUAAGCGUUAAAUAUAUGCAAGCUACUUCUGGCUACAACAACUACCUAUCUAUUUGCUGUAUCCAUCAGGUAUUUUCAAAUCAAUUGUCGAUCAACAUUGAAAGAAUUAUUACAUGAACUUUUGAAUUGGAUAGCACAUUGAUAGAAUUUAAUUUUCUAAUUUAUUUUACAUAGACGAGUAUAUGAUUCAUCUGUUUAUUCAACGAAAUAGCUGAAGAGCUUCUUUGUGAUCUAACUCAUUAACUAGGUAUGACCUAAUUUUUGAAUUUGUGGAAAGGUAUAGAAUGUCAAUUGGUUGUAACAUGCAUUCAAAAACUGAAAGGUGAAAUCUAUUUGUGGUGGCAUAAAGUAUUUUUAUUAUGGAGAUUCAUUAGAAUAUCUACAUUGAAAAAUAAACAGAAGUUAUUGCAUGUAGAAAAUGGGAGGAAAUCACAUGUGACAUUAAUUAUUUGCACAUUGUUUGAUGUUUAACAGCUUAGGUGCAUUUUCCUGUAUGUGUUGACUUUUGACAUUGUUAAAAAGUCUUGGCAUCAUCAACAUGCAGCUUUAUGCCGCUAAGAAGUUUCAAUAUGUAUGUAAUUGUACAAGUCGAUCAAAACUCACUAAGAAUAUUGAUUUUGUUUUUUGUUUGUUGGUACUUAGUAGUGCUGCUAUUGUCAUAAAAAAUGUACUAAUUUUCCAUGUAUCUUUCACCUUUCUUGCAAGUUGAUGUAGAGAUUUCAUUCAUAACAAUUGAGUUGCAUAAAGCAUAAAAUCUAGACCAAUAUACAAGCAGGUCCUAUACAAUCUUCUUUGCCCAUCUCAUUUCUUUACCAAAAAUUGAAAGCCUUGAACUCUUUUAUUUAUUUAUUAUUAAUUUUUUUUGCCUAACAGAUUUUUAUUUAUUUAUUAUUAUUAAUUUUAUUUGGCUGGCAUAUUACUAUAUUAACAUUUUGUUCUUCUUGGCAUCAUCAACAUGCAGCUUCCAAUUACAGUGGGUUUUCUCUUUGGCAUUAUUCAGAUGCUAUUCUAUAUAGUUUACAAGAAGGCCAAUUCGGUUUUGGUCUUGGAGAAGCCAAAGCUGCAUGUACUUGAGUACAUCAUUGUACAUAUGCUCAUUACCACACUUGUGUAGUGGUUUUUAAGUUUAUUAACAUGCGCCCACUAAGAAUAUUUAUUAAGUUUCAAUAUUUAUGGCUGACGAGUACUACUUCACCAAAGCUUAAUUAACCAUUCAAGAUCAUGUUGUGGUUUUUAA